AUGACUGCCCCGGAAAAUAGCCCCUUACUUGGCAAAUCCCACCAUGACGACCAGAUGCGGGAUGUCACAACCUUUUCCAUUGGAAGACUAACGAUGGGAAGUCUCUUGGUAGUAAUAUUAACCAAUGAACUCGUGGUAGAUAUUGGCACUCCCCGUCAGGUUGCCAUGUUGCGUUCCUACGCUACAAUAGCUGCGAUGCUCGGUCAAGGGCUUGGGGCUCCUUUUGGUGGAUUACUCACAGCGUGGAUGGGAUGGCGCUGGGCCUUUCUAGUUCACAUUCCACUUGCGAUUGUAUGUAUGUCGAUUGUGUUUGGGGGCAUCACGAAGGACACAAUGCCGCUGCCGGAUGCAGACCACUCGAAUAACCAGGUUUUGGAGAACGGAAAUACCGAGAAGCCGGAAAAUCAUAAACCUCUUGAUAUAACUGGUCUGGUUCUUUUGAUGUGCAGUAUCCUCUGUCUUCUCAUGUUUAUUCAACUAGCCCCGAUGGAAGGGUUGGAAAGGAAGCUCCUUUGCCUAUUCAUCACUGGCGUGGCUGGAUGCCUGCUAUUUGUGGGGUUCUGCUUAAACGAAGUGUUUCUGGUGAAGUCGCCAUUGAUCUCUCUCACGCUCUUGCAACCAAGCCAGCUAGGAUCCUUCUUCCUUGUCCAGGUGCUCAGUGGGAUAGCAACCUUCUCGCCAAGCCUUUGGGAGUCAGUAUACGUAACACCUGGAUUUGCUGGAAUAGGAAUGUUGCUCGCAGGCCAAUUUGUCGCUGUUUCUGCCUCUGCUAAGCAGAAAGACCAAGCUACGGUUAUCACCACAUAUUAUCUCACGCAACAAAUUGGCCAAAUGGUCGGUAUUUCGGCGAUGAGUGGGCUGACAACAAGGGAGUUCAGUCGGCUUUAUCAAGAGGAGUUCGGCUCUGAUCCCAAAACUAAAGAACUCAAGAAAUUGGCGUACUAA